AUGUCUGCGCUCCAGUCAGUUCUGGUUGUUCUAAUACUUGCCUUAUCUACUAUGGCACAAAAAGGUAAGUGAAAUGUGGUAAUCAUGUUAACUCGGUUAGAGUUGGUCAUUAGUAAACUGGAAGAAAAGAAAUAUCUGGGUUUUAUUUUAUUUUAAUUUUUUUAUUUGAAACAAGGAAGUAGGGACAAAGUUUCGGCACCUCCCUGAGACUAGAAGAUAAAAUGCAAAAAAUUUGUGUGUGGUGUUUUUUUUUUUUGUUUUAGGUCACAAAAGCUGAACAUGUUGCUGAGUUUAUGUAUUUUUCUUAAAACCAAUUUUUUUUUAUAUAUAUAACUGUUGUGCAAUUACAUUUUUUACACUUUUUUUUUGUGAAUGUGUGACAAUUUAUUAAACUCUGCUAAUUUGCGACUUGAAGUGCAUGAUUUAGAAAACAUGCAAGUGCGGGCUCUAUUAUGCUUGUUGGCAUUUUAUGAUGUCACUGUAAUGGUGACAUUGGCACAGUCAACUGUGUGUGUGUGGCUGUGCGUCUCAACUUCCCUUAGCCUCCAUAUGUGCACAUCUGGCUUUGCUGCAUUAUUUUGAAGAGAUUCUAUAUGGUGUCAGUCUGGCCAUUUUUCCAAGCUACUCCAAACUCAUGCUUGCGUCUCUCUGUACUAUAUAAAAACACCACUUCCAUUGGAGCAUAUCUGAUCUACUUUGAUUUUUGAUAUGGGUUUUUGAAACCGCUCCUGGCAAGACGUUCCAGCACUAAUUUCAAUGCUUUGAAAGUCUCGAGUUGGUGUUUGCAAAUGACACAAAACUAGGUAAGGUAAUAGUAUGUGAGCUGAAUAUUAUGUGCAGAAGGACUUUCUUUAAUUAAGGGACUGGGCAGUCAAGUGACAGAUGAGAUUUACAGGUUUAUUGUGAAAGUGGAUAUCAAAUUCAAGGUAAAAAGAGCCAAACUGAUAACAUUCUCUAAGGUAGCUAUGUGCCGAGAUCCGCUACUCCUGCCCUAAUUUUGAUAUUCACUUUGAAUACUCUAUGAAUAAUCCUGUUAAAGUAUAUGAUUGCAAAGUUUUAUGUAUUCUUGGAUGGGAAACACACAAACAAUUUAAAUUUUACCUACAAAGCAUAAAUGAAAAGAUCUUUGUAAUAGUUGUAGUAAACCAUGUACAAUGUCAGUAAGAUAUUUUCUAGCACAGGGGUUCCCAAUCCUGUCCUCAAGUAACCCCCAACAGUCAGAAUUUAGGGACUACCCUUUUGUUUUUAAAGUGUGUUGUUUGUGGGUGUUCCCCCCCUACCCCCUUCUAAAAACACCUUAGACACAACUGGGUAAUCCCCUAAAUUCUGAAUGUUAGGGGUUUCUUGGGGACUGGGUUGGGAACCACCGAUCUAGCAUAAUGAGAGGUAUUAAUUAAUGUGGUGAUCUCUUUCAAAUGUUAUUAUGCAACUAGAAAAAGUGUGCACACAGACAACAAAAAAAAUAAAAAGGGGAAUGGAAGAGUUUAGUUCUAAAGAGAGGCUUGAAAACAUGUUUGUAUUAUAUAUAUAUAUAUAUAUAUAUAUAUAUAUAUAUAUAUAUAUAUAUAUAUAUAUUCUCUUUUUAGAGGGGAUUUGAUAACAUUAUACCAAGGCUCAAAACUUACACUCACUGCUAGUCAAUAUUAAGUAACAAUUCUAUCCAGGUACAUGGAAAUUUAGCCAUGUGAGUAUUGCCAUGGUCCGCUUUCCCAAUGAAUGUGAAAAUCCUCAAUGCUGUUUGUGAACAAGGUGGCUUUUGAUCAGUCACUACACAGUUUAUAUCAAAAUCCACCAAAAAAAGUUAAUAAAAUAGUUAAUUAAAUAGGAAAGCAAGUCACUGUCAGUUUAAAGCAUUAUGAAGUUUGUUGAAAUUUUCUAUCCUUUAUCCAAUUCAAAUGUUGCCACACCCCUCUCUGGUAACCUAUUCACUAACAGGGCAGUACAAAUGACAAGACUUGAAGAAAGGACUACAGCAGGGUCAACGGUUCUUUACAGUAUAACAAUAAAUAUGUGGAAUUUGCUACAAGAUGUUUGAAUAUGGAUAAGUGUAAUAACUAUCCACUUACGUCAGGUGGAAGAGGUUUUCAUCCACACUUUUCCCCCACCACAACUCUGUUGGUAUGUACUUUACAAGUCACGCCAAGCCUCUAUUGCAAGCCAGUAACGAACCGCAUGCUGAUGAAUUGAAAUAACAACAAAACAGCUGUCCAUGAGUGGUUCACUGGCUUUGCACCUCUUCCUGAGUUGUUUCAAAGCUGUUUGUUUAUAGCAAACACAUACACCAUGGAAUCCACGUAUAAAGUGGAAUUAUGAGGCAAAAACGCGGUUCUUUGUGGAGCUCAUUUGCAUACGCCUACCCAGAAUCCCUUUCAGUAGUGAGAUUUAUGUGGGAAAAGCAAGUCUUAUGGCUUGACUGGUGUGUGUGUAUUUGUGUUUAGCAAUGUUAUUUAUAUUUAAUUAAUUUUUUUAAGCGAUUGUUACCCAUUCCUAUAUAACCAUGUACACCUUGGGGAGAAUAUUAAAAGUUUGCAUGGUGAAUCUAGUAUCGUCUCUUAGUUGAGCUGCUCCUCCUGGGGGCGACCGUGUGCUGCUAUUAUUGCAUAUUCUGUACCAUAGUUAACCUUUUGGACUGCAAUGUUGGGCAGCAUUUUGCCAUUGACUCACGUGCUGACUGUUAUGCAAUGUUUACAUUAUUACAUAAAUUGGCACAAUGUACUGCAUAAGCAGCUGCUGAAUCACCAAAUUACAAAGAUGCUGGUGGUGAGCCUAUUGAAUAUAUUGUUUCAUUGCUGAUGUCAAAGAGCUCUAAAUAAUCUGGUCAAUUUGUUUGAAAUGUCUUAUAGUUGGUUUGUGUCUCUUUAUUUUGUGUGUGGUUUUUAUUUUUAUUUUUUUAUUGACUUAUUUAUUUUUAUUCUAUGAAGGGGAUACAUUUCUUUAUGUAUAAAUGUUGAAAAAGGGUAGAUAUUUAGCCAAGUUUUAUAGCCAUUGUCAACUAUGGUGUGUUUGUGUUUUUUUUUAUAUUUAAUCUGGUUCCAGCAUUGCAUGGGGAAAGGUUGCUGGGAAAAGGCAUAUGACCAAUGGCGGGACUACCGCGGUCGCAGUUGCAACCAGGCCCGGCUGCCCUGUGAACCCCUGCUACCAGGGUGCCCACCAGUCUUUUGGUGCAGUACAACUGAUGCAAUGUAUUUCCAGGCACCCGGUCAGGGCUGCAGCGCUUUAACAGAGCGACCGGGCCCCCUGCGAUGAGGUCAGCUUGGGAGAAAGUGAUUCCUGCAAGUUAACAUAGAGCGUUGCAAAGGAGAGGAAGGAGUCAGUGGGAGCUUUGACUCCCAUCAGCCUGAGCCAGCCAUUGGACCCCAGGGAAGUCACCCUCCAGUUUCCUACAUUUUAGGUGCAGGAGGGUGACUAAAAUAUUUUGUAUCUGUAUGUCAGUGUGUGUCAUGGUUUGUAUGAGUGUCAUUCUGUGUCAGUGUAGGCACCUGGAUAACUGUCACCCCUUCACCCUGCCACACUCUCAAUAACUCCGCCAAUCCUGUCACUCAGCCUAUGACACUCCCCUUCUCUCGCACUGUCACACUUACACCCCCCCCAAUCCUGUCACACUUAUUCUCCAUCACUCUGUCACACUCGCCCCCUUUCACCCGGCCACACUUAACCCUUCCAUUUCUAUCAUACUCACUCCCCCACACCCCCAACCAUUCCACACUCACCCCUGUGGGGUGUGAAUGAGACACAUGGAGGGGCUGGGGGGGCAUCAAUGUGACAUAUGAAGGGGGGGAGGGUGCCAAGGGCAAUUUUCACCCCGGGUCCCCAUGGGGGGUGUGUGUGUGUGUGUGUGUGUGGUGGUGGUUUUUUAUUUUUUUAUUUUUUUAAAUUUUUUAAAUUUUUUAUUUUAUCAAACUGCAAAAGAGUUUAAAGGGACACUCCAGGCAGCCCUUUUUACUCGCCUCGUUCCAGCGCCGGGAGCCUCGUGAAGCCAUGCCCCCUAUUUCGGCAAAAUGACGAAAUAGGCGGGCGCGAGCAGGGAGCAAUCAGACGCUUCCAUUCGGAAGCGUCAUUGCUCCCUUGUGUGCAUGCGUGGCUUUGCUGCACAUGCGCACAUACUUCGUAGGGUGGCACUAAGCGCACUACCGCUCAGCUCGCGGUCUUUGCCUGCCCCCUCUCCUCUGCUGACAGGCAGGAGAGAGAAGGCGCGCACACCGUGCCUUCUCUCUCCUGCACACGUCAGACGUAUUUUAAUACGUCUGACGUGUACAAGGCCCUUUUAGGGCCCUACAUGACAGGAAGUCCCUCUGGUGGCCGUCUGAGUGACGGCCACUGGAGGUAUUCCUAUCAAUCAAUGUAAACACUGUAUAUUCUCUGAAAAUACAGUGUUUACAUUAGAUUGCCUGCAGGGAGCUAUAGAUCUCACCUGAACAACUACAUUAAGCUGUAGUUGUUCAGGUGACUAUAGUGUCCCUUUAACAGAUAAAAUGGCAAAUGCCUGUCUCGAUGAAGAUGAUUUUUAUCCAUCCUCUCCUUCAACAUGCUAGUUGGUAACAACUGGCACAUAAGUUACAACAAAAAAAAUGAAAUAAUUUGAUCACAAUCAUCCCUCUUUAAAAUGAUGCAAAUUAUCCAGGUGUUAUAAGACAGCCCAUUGUAGACAACAAAGUAGAAUAUGCCUUUUGAUUCUUCAGAGCUACUGGCCUUCAAACAAGUGUUAAUCCACCUAUAUUUGCACCUACCUGAAGCCUAGAGCACUGAUCCUUCAUAACCAGCUUUCUGAGUAAAAUGAUAAUAGAGCACACUCUGACGUGAUCAGGCCUGCAAAUACCUGGAACAGCGAAAUGGAUGUAAGAGACCUACGACUAGUUUGGGAAAAUGCUUAAUAAUCAACACUGAACAAGUGUAAUAUUACAGAAAUAUAGAGAACAAUGGCUCAGUGUUCACUGUGAAAGAAAUGGGUACAUUGUGUCAAAUUAUAAAAAAUUUAAAAAAAUCUAUAAUUCUGGGGGGGGGGGGUUGUGUGUUUUUUUUUUUGUUUUUUUUUAAAUUUAAAUUUAAUUUUUUAUUUUAUUUUUUUGCUUGGUUGUUAGUAAAACAAGACGGCAGAGGUCUAAAUACACUUCAUGUUGACUUUAUUACAAAAGUGAUUUUUAUUAUAUAAUUUUUUUAAAUUUUUUUUUUCUCAGUGGUAAACCUAAUAUGCCAAUAAGUCCACAGAAAAAGAUAAAAUCCACCAAUUUCCAAGGAAACCAGCAUGUUCAAAAGUCUUUAUUCAUAGUCUUCCCUUUUAACUCACCCCAACUGCAAGAAAUUGGCUUUAAUGUUCUGGAUUUACCUAUGUGCAGAUCCAAGGCAUGAAGGAACAUGCUGUGCCGUGCUCUGCUGUGUGUGAUGUCUGUACUGUUUUUAUUGCUGUGCCUUUCUCUGUUUAUGUAUUUUGUGCUGUCUCAAGAACUCUCCUGGCACUGGAAGUUGUAAGACUGUAAUCGUUUCCGUUUUUGUAGAUGGAGCCCGGGCAACAUCUGGUGGGAGCAGUCGUCAGUUACAACCCUGGUUGAUAGGACUCACUGCUAUGGUCGUGUUUCUCUUCAUCGUCUUCACUCUGAUGAUUGCUAACAGACUGUUUUGCAAAAAGAGAAAGUGUGUAUUACUCGAAAAUAAAAUCAAUAGCGUCCCAAAUUAACUAGUCCAGCACCAUAACAGACUGACAUACUUCCUCCAGGUCACAAUAUUGCAUAUUUAGGAUCUACGUUCUAAUGUAAAAGUGAUUUAACUCCUAAAUGGCAGAGAAUUCAGCAGUGAAACUUCAGAGGCAUGAUCUAUACACAAAAACGGCUUUAUUAAGCUAAAGUUGUUUUAGUGACUAUAAUGUCCCUUUAACUAACAUUACUAUAAUGAUCAUAGUGCUGUAUCGUGCCUGCAAUUCAGCAGUUAGAAGGAAGUGACGUCAACAAUUUAUUUAAUAGAUUAUUAAUCCGAAGAGGACCUCUUGUGGGGUUUUUAUUUUUUGUAAUUUAAAACAUUUCUAGUUUAGUUAUCACAAUUGCUGUUCAUGAGUUGUACCAGGUCUGACUCGUUGCUCUCACCGAAGUUCACCAUAUCCACUUCCAUCCAUAAUAAAGCUUUUUAUUUAAGCCUCCACAUGUCCUAUAUAGACUAGCAAAGUAACCCUUGCCUGCCAUUUGGCUGCUAUGAGGGUAAUCCCUCUCAGUGCAGAACCGUACUCCUCUUUCUAUACAGUACCAACGUCCUCCUGAAGAGACCAUGAAGGAGAUUUAUCAAUGUGGUCUAAAGUACUAAAGGUGAUCAAUCGCCAUGUAAACCAGUGAAUUCCACAGGAACAUUCCAUUGGUGACUGCUCCACUCUUUCAUUUUUGUACCAUUUUGUAGAAUGGAACACUAUGAUGCCGCCUCACAACACAGUGGACUCCUCUAGCCUCAACAAACCCUCUCCAAGACCGUUCCCACCACAUAGCACAGUUAUCCCACUUCUCCUAUGUGUCCCCUAAUCUUAAGCACAGGCUAGGAUUGCCGGGUUGAAACUGCCUUCUCUGCUGCUCUUUCCCCAUAGAUUGCAAACAUUCAGGGCCUUAUCAAUUUGUCCACAGGGAGAGCUAAAAGCCGUUUGUUUCAGUUUAUGAUCUCAAUGCAGGGUCUACUGCGGCUACUUGACCAUGCUCCUCACACUGUUUUUAGAAAAAUAAAAAUGCAUGCCUGCAUUCAUGUUGGCUUGUGUUCAUAAAGUUGCUACUUCCAAUCUGAAAUCCACUCAGUAGUUUCAUUUGGAUUCUUGUUGAGAUUCCAAUUGGCAGCAUAAUACCAUCUGCUGCCAGACAGCACCACCACCACCUUGCCCAACAAAAUACAGUUUCAGGAAAAUCAGAUAAAUUGUGAAUGCUAAGGUUGGUUGCGGAGAUGGUGACAUAUAAAGCACGUGUGUGGUAGAAGUUGUUGUAACAACUAAGGGCCUCUCUUACAUAUACAGACCCAGAGAACUUGCUUUUUCAUGUUGACUAAUAAUCAUAAUUUUUUUUUUGUACUAACAUGUGUUUUAUACAUUGCAGGGAUGAAUUUGAGGAGGUGAAGAACGAACGGUAAGGUCCAUCUUGUUCUUUUAUACGUUAUUGAUAAGGGAGUAGCAAGAGUAUCAGAACUGUUUCAGUUUAAUAUUUUCUGAACUAGUUUUUAUUGGCAUUUAUAAGGACUACUGAUAAUUGUGUGUACGAAACUGUAGAUGUAACCAUGACACAUGUAUCCUCCUCCCCCUUAAUGAUGCCUGGAGAUGCGGCAGGUUCUGAAUUGGGGUUGAGGGUGGGGGAAUGCAGCAUUCUCCCUCUUUCUCCCCUACUUUUUAAACUUCACUGGCAGAAUCCAAAGAAAAUCGGGGGAGAGAGGGGAGGAUCAUGAAUUUAAAAAAUAAAAAUUAUAUAUAUUCCCACAUACUUUAAAAACUAUGUUUGAUUUUUGCUAGAUGUCAGCAGGUUAUUGAGGAAUGAAAUGCUGUUACAUUGAAAGACCUUAACCCCUUAAGGACCAAACUUCUGGAAUAAAAGGGAAUCAUGACAUGUCACACAUGUCAUGUGCCCUUAAGGGGUUAAAGGGCAACACACCCAUCUUCAUAGAUAGUUCAGGUUUCCUCACCUUUCUAAUACAUCUUCAAAAUACACAAACAAGUUAACCGUUCUGCAUUUGGUGGCUACUUUUCAGACAUAUCUGUAAAUUCAGGUAAUUUACACUUUUUUUUUUUUUUUUCUCUCUGCAGGAUGGAAGCAAAUGCUUAUGAAAACAGUGCUUUAGAUAUAGAAGAGGGGGGGAAGAUAAAACCCAUGGGAAAGUGGGAUGAAAAAGAUGAAAAUAAUGAAGCUCAGAAGGUUACAGAAAUGUAG